AUGAAGACGCCAAAGUCGGAAAAACGCGAGAAGACGCCCAAGACGCCGUCGACGCCCCGGUCGCCGUCCACCCCUGGAACCGCGCGCACGGCGAGCGAGGGCAUGAAGGCGUGCUCGGCGAUCGCGACCCCGCUCGCGGAUGUGAAAACGACGAAGAAGAUUCUGAAAACCGUCAAGCGAGCGGCCAAGGCGAAACAGGUUCGACGCGGGGUGAAGGAGGUGGUGAAGGCGUUGAAGAAGGACGUGAAGGGGUUCGCGGUGAUCGCUGGGGAUAUCUCACCCAUCGACGUCAUCACGCACGUGCCGAUUCUGUGCGAGGAGGCGGACGUGCCGUACGUGUACGUGCACAGCAAGGAGGAACUCGGGGCGGCCGGGAUGACGAAGCGGCCGACGUCGGUGAUGCUUGUGUUGAAGGAAGGUGCGAAGGGGAGCGUGAAGAUGAGUUCAGAGGACAAGAAGGAAUUCGACGAAAUGUACGCCAAGUGCGUGGAGAAGAUCCAAGCCAUGAGCAAGUGA